GUAUCAAGUUGACAGGAAGACAGACUCGUCGCUGUUUUACCCACUGAAACCUUUACAGUAUUUCUGUCCGGUUUAACACAUUUAAAAUUAUGGAUGCAUCCCUGUUUCAGUUCUUUAUUGGGGAGUUCGGCGACCCUAACUGUACUCUUAUGGACGCUUUUCAGGACACUUUGUACGAGAAUUCGUCUUUUGCGUUUAUGGGUCUCGAUGGUCUAUAUUGCAACGCCACCACGGAUGAGAUCGGAACUUGCUGGCCGAGAAGCAACUCUGGUCGAAUAGUUGAGCGGCCGUGUCCGGAGUACAUCAACGGCGUCAAAUACAACACAACUAGAAGUGCUUACAGAGAAUGCAUGGAGAACGGCACAUGGGCUCUGAAGAGUAACUACUCCAACUGUGAGCCCAUCUUGGAGGAAAAGAGGAAGUACCCCAUGCAUUACAAGAUAGCACUCAUCAUUAAUUACUUCGGUCACUGUAUAUCUGUUGGAGCUCUCGUUAUUGCCUUCAUCCUCUUUCUGUGCUUGAGGAGCAUCCGAUGUCUUCGCAACAUAAUCCACUGGAACUUAAUUACAACGUUCAUUCUGAGGAAUGUAAUGUGGUUUUUGCUUCAGCUGAUUGACCACAACAUUCAUGAGACCAAUGAGCCUUGGUGCCGUCUCAUAACAACAAUCUAUAAUUACUUUGUGGUGACCAAUUUCUUCUGGAUGUUUGUGGAGGGCUGUUAUCUUCACACGGCUAUUGUGAUGACAUAUUCCACAGACAAGCUCAGAAAAUGGGUUUUCCUCUUCAUUGGAUGGUGUAUACCAUGUCCGAUAAUUAUUGCAUGGGCUAUUGGAAAACUCUACAGUGAAAAUGAACAAUGCUGGUUUGGGAAGGAACCUGGGAAGUACAUUGACUACAUUUAUCAAGGGCCAGUGAUCCUUGUUCUUCUUAUAAACUUUGUGUUCCUUUUUAACAUUGUGCGCAUUUUAAUGACGAAGUUGAGAGCUUCAACCACAUCUGAAACAAUACAAUACAGGAAAGCUGUGAAGGCCACUCUAGUGCUGCUGCCGUUGCUCGGAAUCACAUACAUUUUAUUCUUUGUGAAUCCAGGCGAGGAUGACAUAUCUCAAAUAGUUUUUAUCUAUUUCAACUCAUUUCUACAGUCAUUUCAGGGAUUCUUUGUGUCAGUAUUUUACUGCUUUCUUAAUGGGGAGGUGCGUUCUGCAGCAAGAAAGCGCUGGCAUCGCUGGCAAGAUAAUCACGCUCUGAGAGUUCGGGUGGCACGGGCGAUGUCCAUCCCCACCUCCCCCACCCGCAUCAGCUUUCACAGCAUAAAACAGACCACGGCUAUCUGACCUUUCCAGGAUUGCUUAUCCUCAUCCUAAUUCAGCCACAAAGAUGGACUGCAAGCGUGCAGCGCGGUGGCGCGAGAGACCAACAGAUUGUUUACCUUUCUGACAGUCUGUGUCAUCCAAUUUCCUGUGAAUUGAAUCUGUCAGUGAAAUUUUGACAGUGGGGCCUGAAUUGAAGGGUUGUAGGAAAGAAAUAAGAAAAAAAGAAAAAGUUUUUAUGAAUUGUAAAAUGAUCCUUUUACUUUGCGAUUUUCCUCCCUCAUUCAGCAUAUCACUGAUUCUUGAGACAUGAGGCAAAACAUGCCUCUUAAAAAUCAGAUGAUCACUAGAAUGUUUUUUAACACAAACAUACCAUUUUAUUUAUUUAUUAUUUAACUUUAUCACUUGCUACCUCUUAAAACCACCUGCCUCCAGUCUAUAACUGAAUAGAUUCAAAUGGAUUAGUAUAUGAACCAUUUAAAACCAUGCAACCACACUGGUGUUGCAAUGUACAAUCAGGAAUAUCCAACCCACAAAUCAUUUCUGCCCCUGUCAAUUAGCUCAAAUGCAGUUGCUAAUCUGUUUUUGCUUCCAAUGUACAAUAAGCCCAGUUGUAUUCUUCAGACACAUCUGUUUGUGUCGAUGGAUGAGGGCACAUGCUGUUAUUUUCCUAAUCUCUCCGUUGCUCAGAUCUGUCUGUGCUGCUGUUUAAAGCUGUACGGUCCUGCUGCAGCCGGUUUUACUGCACGUGAACUCUGUCUGGCCUCUGUGGAACUAGUUUCUUCAUGUCAAUGUGUGACAAAUUCCCCUUGUGUGAUUGUGCCCAGCAGCACAGGCUUAAGUCAUCAUUAUAACUGGAGAAAUGGAAGUUGGAUGCCCCUUCGUGUGAAGCUAUUCACAGUGUAGUGGCAUGAUCAAAUCAGAUCAUAAAUCAAAUUUGGGACGCUGAUAGAUAAGAAGUGAAAUUAGCUAGGGUCAAAGAUCAAAGACCCUCUAUGGUACCCAUUAUAUGGGGGUGGACAUUAUACUUAUAUAUUCACCAACAGUGGGGUAAAAUAGAAGGAAGCUCUUUCAUCCAUUGCUUUUGGGUUUUUAGCUGUAAUAAGCCAUAUGAAACCAAACAUUAUUACAAAGUAGGGCCUAAAUAAUAGUAAAAAAGAAAGAAAACAUUAUGGAUAAUUUGAUUUUAAUUACGACUCUUAGAGAUUUGAAAACAAUUGAGAUUAUUAUGAACCUUUUACCUCUAAUAUAUUCCAUUGUAUCUGGAUUAAAUGCAUGUAGGCUAUACAGUAUACAGUAGUUGUCAAAGCGUCUGCAUGUCACGGAAGGCUUCAUUAACAACAUGCAGUUAGGCAAAUGAUGAUCUUCAGAAUCAAAGCACACGCUUGUCAAAAAGAGAAACUAAAAAGAGCCCACUAAAAGCCAAAUUAUUUCAGGUAACAACAAGUUUCAUAAUUCUGAAAAUUUGGUAGACAUUUCAGAAACAAAUUAUGCAGCUAUUAACCGGUAACCAGCAUUUAAAGAAUUUCAUUCGUUAAAUAUAAAGGCAGCUAGAAAUGUUCAUGUACAAAAAGACCCAUUUUACUACGAGACUGAUUGUGUACAUGGUAUUAUAAAUAAAACAUCUUUGAAAAAUCAAAUAAACGCCUUUGUACUAAAUCCAAAACUUAUUUUACUUUGCAUAAAAUUGACAGUGUUUAAUGGAUUAAUAUGAUCUCGAUUUAUGUUAUGAUUUCCGAUCAUUCUUUAUAAAGAGCAGUGAAAUCUCAAUAAUGUAAAAAUAUAAAUAAAAUAAUAACUACAUUUAAAAAUUAACUCCUAAAAAAUAUGAUUUGGAAUUCUCUCUCUCUCUCUCUCUCUCUCUCUCUCUCUCUCUCUCUCUCUCUCUCGCUCGCUCUCUCUCUCUAUCUCUCUCUCUUCACUCCAAUGUUUUAGGUACUAUAGCUGUGUACAUUUCUUUGAAAAUCAUGAGACAUAAUUCAUAAUAUUGUUACUUUACAAAUACAAUUAUAUUAUUAAAAAAUGUCCAAAUAAAUAAAUAACUGCAAUAAUAUAAAUGACUCCAGUAGCUAUACAAAUCCCCAAAAUGCAUUUAAGCAAAUCCAGGUUCAGAGUCCAAUAUGGUCAAUUCAAUUAUUUUCUCAGUUUACUGUGAGAUAAAGUUAAAGGAAUAUUCCGGGUCCAUCAGAAGUUCAAUCAACACAUCUUGUGGCAUAAUGUUGAUUACAGAAGAAUAAUUCGACUUGCCCCUCAUUUUCAUUAAAAAAAAAAAAAAAAAAAAA